CAGCACACUUAGCGCUGGGGUUAGCUAGUCGUAUAAAGCGUCCCAGCGCCCUGCUCACCAUCACACGUGAUAAAACGGUCUCGAAGGAGGAGGUACAAUACUUUUAGCAGCUGCCCGCACUUUGAGGCAAUGGCAGGGCUAAUGUUUGGUGUUUUACGAUGGGUAGUGCUAAUGACAUGUAUAUGGAGUACAACCUCAAAACCAAGUGGUUUUCCUAAAGACAAACCACAAAACGAUGCGGUAACUGCAAGCUGGUUUAGGAUGUUUAACGCAAAAUUCAGACUUUUGGAGAGAAAAAUAGAUUUGGAUUUUAAAAUUCUAGGACAAACUCUCAGAGAAGAGCUAAAAGGCAGGACACCGGGCGGUUGCAGCGGUUGCGACACGCGUUUGCCGAACAAUGACGGAAUGGAGGAGGCCAUUGCUCAACUCAAAUUUGAAAUACAAACACUACAAGUUGAUAUGAAGCAAAUGGCUUCAAAUCAAUUGCUGUUUGAAGCAAGCUUCUUGUUAUCUUUGGAAAACAGUACUGCUACAUUGCAGAACAAGUUUGAUGACGUUUCCGAAGUUUUAGAAGAAGUAUCGACCAACGUUGAUAGUUUGAACACUUCUAUCUCCGCCUUGUCCGAUACAAUCGACAACCUGGCCGACGAAAAUAGAGUGACCACAACAACUCCCACACCAACUCAGCGUGGAAGCGUACGUCUUGCGGAAGGUCCAUCGGUGUCAGAGGGACGUCUGGAGAUGUACUACAAUGAACAGUGGGGAAGUGUGUGCGGGAAACACUUCACCCUUAACGAGCUAAUAGUGUCUUGUAGACAGAUGGGUUUCAGACAGGGGAGCUAUGAUUUCGGAUUUAAUGUGGGCACGGGACCGGUAUGGGGCCCAUUCUAUUGCUCUGAGUCUAGGACCGAGAGUAGCCUGUUGGACUGUCGACAUAGUAUGGACGACGGUGAUAUAGAAUGUAACCACGGACAGGAUGUGUGGGUGGUCUGUCAGCCGGACACAGUGCCCACCACACCAAGUGCCGCCGAGGGUGAUGUUCGUCUCAUUAAUACCAAGGACGGUACAGUCGGAGCUGGGAGAGUAGAAAUCUACCACAAUGAUGUCUGGGGAACAGUGUGUGAUGACAACUUUGAUCAGGAUAAUGCACUUGUCGUAUGUAGACAGUUAGGGUACAGUGGUGCCAUAACGGUUCGCGGAGAAGGGUUUUACGGCCAGGGAAGCGGACCAACAUGGAUGGAUGACGUCAACUGUAACGGGGACGAGAGUCAGUUGGCAAAUUGUCCCUUUGCGGGAUGGGAAGUGGAAGACUGUUCUCACGGGGAGGAUGUAGGAGUUGAAUGUGAGACGUACGACGCUACCUCCACCACUACUACGCCAACACCACCUGAUGGUGAAGGACAAAUCCGACUGGUGAAUGGCGACUCUCAUUUUGAAGGCCGGGUCGAGGUUUACCACUCUGGAUCCUGGGGCACAGUAUGUGACGACGGAUGGGACAACAAUGAUGCUAUGGUGGUCUGUCGACAAUUAGGAUACGGGGGCGGUACAUUCACGCGAGAAGCAAGCUUUGGAGAGGGAAGGGAGCCAACAUGGAUGGACGAUGUGGCAUGCGUUGGAACAGAGUCAAGAUUAGAUGAGUGUCCGUUUUCAGGAUGGGGGAUUGAGAACUGCGGACACAGUGAGGACGCGGGUGUCAGAUGUACACCUCCGCCGUCAACACAGGAACCACCAACCACCACGCCACGAGGAGGUGACGGGAGAGUACGUUUGGUAGGAGGGUCAAAUGACCGAGAGGGGCGCGUGGAGGUGUUCCACGAUAAUGAGUGGGGGACGAUCUGUGACGAUUACUGGGACACUGUAGACGCUACGGUCGUGUGUAGGAUGCUUGGAUACACAGAAGGGAUUCACAAGACAGAGGGCUAUUUUGGUGCCGGAACUGGCCAGAUUUGGUUGGACAAUGUUCAGUGUACUGGAAGCGAGACAGACAUUGGUUUGUGCGAACACAGAGGCUGGGGAAUCGAGGAUUGCGGUCAUAGUGAAGAUGCGGGUGUUAUUUGCACAGGUGGUGGCGGGGAAGGGGGUGUUAAUAUACGUCUGGUGAACGGUAACGCUGAUUCCGGGCGAGUGGAGGUAUUCCACGACGGUCGCUGGGGAACAGUUUGCGACGACUCAUGGGAUGACAAUGAUGCUGCUGUUGUUUGCCGGAUGCUUGGACUAAGCUUGCCAGGAGUGGCUCACAGGGAAGCUGCCUUUGGCCAAGGUGUAGAACCCACAUGGAUGGACGACGUGCAAUGUACGGGAACAGAGUCGUCCAUAUUCGACUGUACGUUUGGUGGAUGGGGAGUGGAGAACUGCGGACACAGCGAGGAUGCAGGAGUGAGCUGCGGAAGCAGUGGUGGCAGUGUAGACAUACGUCUUGUGAAUGGCCCGACAAGACACGAGGGAAGGGUUGAGGUGAAUCAUGAUGAGCGCUGGGGUACAGUUUGUGAUGAUGGAUGGAACAAUGCGGAUGCCAUGGUUGUCUGUAGGAUGCUGGGAUACAGUGGGGGCGUUGGCAGAGCAUAUAGCGAAGCCCAUUAUGGCGAGGGAUCGGAGCCAACCUGGAUGGACAACGUGGACUGUACUGGAGGCGAAACGAGUUUAUUUGACUGUCCCUUCCCAGGCUGGGGUGUGGAAAAUUGUGGACAUAGCGAGGAUGCUGGUGUAUCAUGUUUAGGCUCAAAUGCGACCACCUCGCCGCCCGUUUCCACGACGACUCCAAGCGAUAGUAACGGAAUGGAAGGAUCUAUCCGCUUGGUCGGCACUGGCAGCAGUGACACAGUAGGGCGGGUGGAGAUCUAUCACAGUGGACAGUGGGGAACUGUGUGUGAUGAUGGCUGGGACAAGAACGAUGCACUUGUCGUCUGUAGACAGUUGGGACAUGGGGAUGGUAAACCAAUGCCACAAGCUCGCUACGGGGAGGGGACUGGACAAAUAUGGAUGGAUGAUGUAGGUUGCACUGGAUCUGAAACCACCCUAUCUGACUGUUCCUUUCCUGGCUGGGGUGUGGAGAACUGUGGUCAUGGGGAAGAUGCGGGUGUCGUCUGUGAAGAAGUUGAGGAACCGUUAUUUGAAGGCAUUCGACUCGUUGACGGCAACAUGACUAGAGAAGGACGUGUGGAGAUCAACAGAAACGGAACUUGGGGCACCAUUUGCGACGACGACUUCGAUGAUAAAGCGGCGCGAGUUGUCUGCCGCAUGUUAGGACGGAGUGGCGGAACAUAUUUUGCCGAAGCUGCGUUUGGUCCGGGAUCCGGACCAAUCUGGAUGGAUGAUAUACGGUGCAGCGGUACAGAAGAGACUCUUUUCCAGUGCCGAUUCCGCGGAUUCGGUGAUACCAACUGUGGACAUGAUGAGGACGCCGGUGUAAGAUGUGGUCAUUUCAAUGACACCAUACCUGAGCCCGAACCACACACGACGACACCUGUUACGUAUCCAGAUUACACAUCAACAACCAUGCGGUCCACCACGACACCGAUGUCUAAUUCAACGGUUAGUGACGGAACUGUACGACUAGUAAAUGGCGGGACGGAAUAUGAAGGCCGUGUAGAAAUAUAUCACAAUGGAGUCUGGGGAACGGUAUGUGACGACAGUUGGGGAGUAGCUGACGCCAGAGUUGUUUGUAGAGAGCUAGGAUUCAGUGGUGGCACCGCUAGAAAAGAGGCCGCCUUCGGGCAAGGCUCAGAACCAACAUGGUUAGAUGAUGUUGGCUGUGAGGGUUCCGAAUCUAGAUUGGCAGAUUGUUCAUCUCGAGGAUGGGGGGUUGAAAACUGUGGUCAUGGCGAGGAUGCCGGCGUAGAGUGUACGCCUCCACUGUCCACAUCAACUGCGCAACCGACAUCUCAACCGUCACCGCAAGAGGGAGAUUUACGUCUAGUCAAUGGUCUGUCUGCUUUGGAGGGACGAGUUGAAGUAUAUCACGCUGGUCAGUGGGGAACGGUCUGUGACGACCUUUGGACCAUGAACAAUACUGAUGUUGUGUGCAGACAGCUAGGACACAGGUCAGUGAGUUUUGAGAAGAACGGACCUUACGGCGAAGGCAGUGAACCAACAUGGAUGGACAACGUCGAAUGCCGAGGGGACGAACAGAGGCUUAUUGACUGUACUUUUGGAGGAUGGCAAAAUGAAAACUGUGGCCAUAGUGAGGACGUAGGAGUAAGGUGUCAACUGAUUGAGGAGACGACUACACCAGCUGUGUCUACACUAUCACCGACAGGAUCCACGGGUGCUUCGGAAGGAUCUGUUCGACUUGUAAAUGGUGGGACGCAGUAUGAGGGCCGUGUGGAAAUCUACCAUAACGAUGUCUGGGGAACGGUCUGUGAUGAUGGAUGGGACAACAACGACGCCCUAGUUGUUUGUAGACAACUUGGAUACCUCGGGGGAACUUUUACACGAGAGGCGACAUUCGGUGCUGGAUCAGAACCAACAUGGAUGGACGAUGUUGAGUGUGUUGGUGGCGAAUCAGCGUUGAUUAAUUGUCGAUUCCCAGGCUGGGGGGCAGAAAACUGUGGUCAUAGCGAGGACGCCGGUGUAAUCUGUACUCCGCCUCCGUCCACGAUUUCCACCACCACGCAGUCAACACUCCAAGGAACUGUACGGCUGGUUAAUGGUGGCACCCAGUACGAAGGUCGAGUAGAAAUUUACCAUAAUGGUGUCUGGGGUACGGUCUGUGAUGACUUAUGGGAAGACGUCGAUGCCAGAGUUGUAUGUAGACAGCUUGGAUACAGUGGAGGAACGUUCAGACGAGAAGCGCAUUUCGGUUCUGGUUCAGAACCAACAUGGCUGGACGAUGUGGCAUGUUAUGGGAACGAAUCAAGGCUGAUGGAUUGUGGUUUUCCAGGAUGGGGGAUAGAGAACUGUGGUCACAGCGAGGAUGCCGGUGUAGUGUGUCACCCCCCGCCCUCGCCACCGUCCACUAUGACGAUUCCAUACUCUACCACGCAAUCAGCAGCCAAGGAGGGUGAUCUACGUCUUGUUGACGGUCCGUCUGAGAUGGAAGGUCGAGUGGAGGUGUACCACGCGGGACAAUGGGGGACAGUCUGUGACGAUGAAUGGGGCAUGAACAAUGCACGUGUUGUGUGUAACCAGCUAGGAUACAGCCCGCUUGGUUUUAAGACGGAAGCAUAUUACGGUGAAGGCAUAGAACCAACAUGGAUGGAUAGCGUCAAUUGCAAAGGGAACGAGACCAGACUUAUUGACUGUAAUUUUGGAGGAUGGCAAAACGAAAACUGUGGUCAUAGUGAGGACGUAGGAGUAAAGUGUGAACAGAGUGGGGGGACAACUACUCCAGAAAUGACCACCGAGGUUGUCACAACAUCAGCUCCUAUAAAUUCCUCCACAGAGAAUUUGGAAGGAUCUGUACGGCUGGUUAAUGGUGGCACCCAGUACGAGGGUCGAGUAGAAAUUUACCAUAAUGGUGUCUGGGGUACGGUCUGUGACGAUUUAUGGGGAGACGUCGAUGCCAGAGUUGUAUGUAGACAGCUUGGAUACAGUGGAGGAACGUUCAGACGAGAAGCGCAUUUCGGUUCUGGUUCAGAACCAACAUGGCUGGACGAUGUGGCAUGUUCUGGGAACGAAUCAAGGCUGAUGGAUUGUGGUUUUCCAGGAUGGGGGAUAGAGAACUGUGGUCACAGCGAGGAUGCCGGUGUAGUGUGUCAACCCCCGACCUCGCCACCGUCCACUAUGACGAUUCCAUACUCUACCACGCAAUCAGCAGCCAAGGAGGGUGAUCUACGUCUUGUUGAAGGUCCGUCUGAGAUGGAAGGUCGAGUGGAGGUGUACCACGCGGGACAAUGGGGGACAGUCUGUGACGAUGAAUGGGGCAUGAACAAUGCACGUGUUGUGUGUAACCAGCUAGGAUACAGCCCGCUUGGUUUUAAGACGGAAGCAUAUUACGGUGAAGGCAUAGAACCAACGUGGAUGGAUAGCGUCAAUUGCAAAGGGAACGAGACCAGACUUAUUGACUGUAAUUUUGGAGGAUGGCAAAACGAAAACUGUGGUCAUAGUGAGGACGUAGGGGUUAAGUGUGAACAGAGUGGGGGGAAACCUACUCCAGAAAUGACCACCGAGGUUGUCACAACAUCAGCUCCUAUAAGUUCCUCCACGGAGAAUUUGGAAGGAUCUGUACGGCUGGUUAAUGGUGGCACCCAGUACGAGGGUCGAGUAGAAAUUUACCAUAAUGGUUUCUGGGGUACGGUCUGUGACGAUUUAUGGGGAGACGUCGAUGCCAGAGUUGUAUGUAGACAGCUUGGAUACAGUGGAGGAACGUUCAGACGAGAAGCGUAUUUCGGUUCUGGAUCAGAACCAACAUGGCUGGACGAUGUGGCAUGUUCUGGGAACGAAUCAAGGCUGAUGGAUUGUAGUUUUCCAGGAUGGGGGACAGAGAACUGUGGUCACAGCGAGGAUGCCGGUGUAGUGUGUCACCCCCCGCCCUCGCCACCGUCCACUAUGACGAUUCCAUACUCUACCACGCAAUCAGCAGCCAAGGACGGGGAUAUACGUCUAGUCAACGGUUUAUCUGAGCUGGAGGGUCGAGUGGAAAUAUACCACUCGGGACAGUGGGGGACGGUCUGUGAUGAUGAAUGGGACAUGGAAAAUACACGUGUUGUGUGUAACCAGCUAGGAUACACUCCCGUGAAUUACGCUAAGGAAGCAUAUUACGGUUCUGGUAUUGAACCAACAUGGAUGGACAAUGUCAAUUGCCAAGGGGACGAGGAAAGACUGGUGGACUGUCCUUUCCCAGGAUGGCAAGCUGAGAACUGUGGUCAUGGUGAGGAUGUAGGAGUGAAGUGUGAGCAUAGAGGGGAGACAACAACUCCCGUGUUCAACACCUCUACCACUACAACGGAGGUUCCAGCAAGUUCAACCGAGACUUUUGAAGGAUCCGUGCGAUUAGUGAAUGGAGGGAAUGAGUACGAGGGCCGUAUCGAAAUUUACCAUGACGGAGUCUGGGGUACGGUCUGUGACGACGGUUGGGGAGACGACGAUGCCAGAGUUGUUUGUAGACAGCUAGGAUACAGGGGAGGCAGCUUUAGAAGAGAAGCUGCAUUUGGUGCUGGGUCAGAACCAACCUGGCUGGAUGACGUUAGCUGCGACGGCGACGAAUCUAGACUGGCGGAUUGUGUGUCUAAUGGAUGGGGACAAGAGAAUUGUGGCCAUAUGGAAGAUGCUGGUGUGGUGUGUUUACCACCCGUUUCUACUACUGCGUCGCCAGAGCCAGAGAUGACACCGACACAAGAGCCAGAAUGGACGCCGGAGCCAGAAGGGACACCAGAGCCAGAAUCUUGCGCUCAAGAGACGGACUAUCCAUGUGUAUCUAAUGACCAGUGUGUUCCCAUGGCAGUGCUAUGUGAUGGGCAGAAAGACUGCAGAGAUGGGUCGGAUGAGGUUCCAUGCAAUAAUUAUCAGAACAUGACUGUACCAACUGGAUCAUCUGUAGACUUCACCUGUGCAUCAAACUACUCCCUUCAAAACAUAGUGGUAUCAUGGCAUUAUAGAGCAGUUAACAGCUCGGAUAUGAAGCUAAUUGCUGUGGACACAUUCAUCAUUACUACGGGGGAAUUCUUUGUUACCAAGAUUAACGAACGCCUCAAUAUUUUACGUCUGGAAAAUGCAACAGAACAAAGUUCAGGGGAAUACGUGUGUAAAACAGAAAGAGAAAGGAUAGCGUCACACAAUUUGAUUGUUACAGGGGAGAUCACUGAGAACACUACAGGAAAAAUGUGUGAUAUCCAGGCAGUGUUGAACUGUGUAGAGCCCGUCACCGAUUUUGGAAAUAUUGGCGGAGAUCUAGAUGACGCCAGGCGAAUUUGCAAUACCAUCUACCCAGACCUUAUCUCCUGUAUCAAUAAUCUACCAACUUCAUGUAUUGCUGAGUCUAUGUACACACAAAUAGAGAUGGCCAAACAGCAACUUGAAACAAUCUGUCAAAUGAUUGGUGGGAACACAGGCAACGACACAGAUGAAGAAACUGGAGGACAACCAUGUGCUACCCAGGCAAUACUGAGUUGCAUAGAGCCUGUCACCAACAUCGGUAAUAUGGGAGAGAAUUUAGAUGAGGCCAUUCGAAUUUGUAGAACCGUUUUCCCGAAAUUUGUUUCGUGUGUUGAUAACCUACCCACUUCCUGUACAAGUAAUCCUAUGUUUACACAAAUGCAGAUUGUAAUGCAGCAACUCGAGCCAGCCUGUCAAAUGAUUGGUAAUACUGGCAACACUGGUGAGGGCAAUGGCGACACACCGUGUAAUAUCAAGGAAGCGCUGCAGUGCAUAGCGCCUCUGUCCGAAAUAGGCAAUGUCGCGGAUAAUCAAGAGGAAUUAAUUCGCAUUUGCAGUACUAUCUUCCCUAACGUGACUUCAUGUGUUGAUAACCUACCUCCAGCCUGUUCCGCUGACCCCAUGUUCUCGCAGAUAGAGGUCGCCAGACAGCAACUACAAUCAGUUUGUCAAGUGAUAACAACUUGUAAUUUGCCUGCAAUGGUGGAAUGCUUAACUCCGCUCACACCUCUGGAGUUAUUAGAAGGAAACGAAACUGGCGGCCACUUUCUAGUGGAGAGAUACUGUGGGAUCAUAGAGCAGUUUAAGAAUUGUUCCAGAAGAACACCGCCUGGCUGUCAAAACAUGAUACCUUAUGAUGCAUUCCUUACAGAAGCUGUGUGUGGAAGUGAUACCAGAAAUGACACAUGCAACGUCCCUGAGGUUCUUCGAUGUUCGAUACCAGUGACCAUGUUUGUAUUGAAAAAAACAUUCGGAAUGGUUCCACAAGAGGGUGAUGAUUGCAGGAUAAUGGAAACUUUCCUGACAUGCACUCGACCCUUCCGCACCGAAUGUAUCCCAAAUCGUGUUAUAAUAGAGAGAAUAAGCAACAUGAUCAACGUUUUAGAUACAGAGAACUGUGGGCCACCAGCUACGACUCCUCAGCCAUGCACUCAUGCUGAUAUUCAGAAUGGAGAGGUUUUACUGUGGCCAAACUAUCCAUUUAGUGCAUCGAGUACAGAGACAAUAGAAGAAUGCGUUGAAGCUGUGUGUCGCCCACCUUUGUAUGGUACAAUAACAGAAGCAGGAAUUUCACGAAGGUUAUCUGAAGACGAAGACCGUGGCUUUGAUUGUAGAUCCUACGACAAAGGAUCAAUCGCAGCCGUUCUAGAGAACCCGGGCAGUACAUUCCAUAAAUGUAUUUGUGAAGGUUACACCUGUGGACUAGGAUCGACGAGGUGCCCCGUCUCCGGAGAAUGUAUAGUCAAUGAAAAUGUAUGUGAUAAUCAACCCGACUGUAAUGAUCAGUCAGACGAGGCUAACUGUGAUGAAGUGAUGAUCAAAACAGAACGUGAUAGCAGUGGGAUUGUGAUGAUGAAGUAUCGCUCACUAACAACACUGGUGUGUGAUGAUGGCAUGAACUUCUCCAACCGUGUAGCCGAUGUGAUCUGUAAAGAGAUGGGAUUUAGGAGUGGCGUACGGUCGGCCUCGGGGAGGAAGGUACUGGAUACUCAGGCAUGGCUCACCCUUCGUUGUGAUGAGUCAGCAACACAAAUGUCUGACUGUGACCAAGAGUGGCUGGUGUCUCGAUACGCAUGCGCUGAUAUGAAGAUUGUUGGCAUUGCGCUGGUGUGCCUCUUUGUCGGGUGUAAUGUGACAUUUGCUGAUAUUGACAUUGAUGACGCGUCAUCACUCAUACUGCCUUUCGGACUCAUUGCCUUGUCUACGCAACCCCAGCUGUUCGGAGGCGUGAACACAAUCGGAUCCGGGUACGAAUCACCGUUCAAUGGAAGAGGUAUAUUGCUGAUUGCAGCGUUGUCAUUCUUGUGGUUAAAGCUUAAAGAUGACAAAUGGGAUGUAGCUUGUCUAAAGAGACGGAGAUAUAAACCGGACUUACAUACGUGUGUAGAUACAUUGUACAGUGAAGCCAUGGAGUCUGUAACGCGUGCAUUGGUAUGCGUCCUGUUAAGUGUAUCCUCCUUUGUUGGGAAUACCUUCGCUAAACCCCAGCGUGGCCAAAAUAUCCACUCUUACCGGGAGUCGAAUAUCGCAAAAAGGCAAGAUGUACAACAACUUAGUUCCGAAAUAUCUGAGCUGCAAACUGAUAUUGAGGAAUUGAGGACGCAGCAGCAGGAAUUCGAAAAUGCUUUGAACAGCAUAAAUGAGACUGUUCUUGGCCUCCAUGAAAACACGGCUCCGCCACAGACCUCAGAUAUACGAUUAGUGAACGGUGACUCUGUGUAUGAGGGACGCGUGGAGGUGUUCCAUGACGGACGCUGGGGUACUGUGUGUGACGAUGUUUGGGACAAUAGUGACGCGGCAGUGGUAUGUCGUCAACUAGGGUUCAGUGGUGGAACUGCAAGAUCCAAUGCAUAUUUUGGACGUGGAAGUCAGCCUACCUGGAUGGACGACGUCGUUUGUACAGGGUUUGAAGUCCGCCUACAGGACUGCCCGUUCAACGGUUGGGAACAAGAGAAUUGUAACCAUGGAGAAGAUGCUGGAGUGGAAUGUUAUAAUCCAUUAAGUACUACACCGGAAUCAUUAAGUACUACACCGCAACCAGCCAUUCUUCGUCUCGCAGACGGUCCCACCGAUUCUGCUGGACGGCUGGAGGUAUUCCACGACGGUGAAUGGGGCACUGUGUGUGAUGAUGCCUUUGGCAUCCAAGAUCUACGUGUUGCUUGUCGACAAUUAGGUUUCAGUGAAGUUGAAGGUCAAAGAAUUGAGAAAUUUGGUGAAGGAUAUGGACGCAUAUGGAUGGACAAUUUAGAAUGUACUGGAGAGGAGUCAGCUCUCUCGGAAUGCACAUUUAACGGCUGGGGUAGAGAGAACUGUGGCCACAAUGAAGACGUAGGCGUUGUAUGUACCAGUUUACCAACCACUACCGAAGCCCCAGCAGUAGAUCCUAGAGAUCAGAUUCGACUUGUGGGAGGCACAACACAGUACGAGGGUCGGGUCGAAUUUUUCCUCAACGGCGAGUGGGGCACUGUGUGCGAUGAUUGGUGGACUGCGACUACUGCCAGAGUCGCCUGUCGACAACUAGGCUUGAUAGGGGGAGAGGUCCACACUGAAGCAUAUUUUGGUGAAGGCACCGGACCAACUCAGUUGGACGAUGUAAAAUGUCUUGGACAUGAGGCCACCCUUCUUGAAUGUAGUCACUGGGAGGCGCCCCACGAGGAUUGUAGUCAUGGAGAGGAUGUCGGUGUAACAUGCGAACCACCCGGAGGAGCACCUGUUCCGGAAACAACACCAGUCCCCACCGCUACGCAGCCUGUCGUGACCACCACAACAUCUGGUUCCUGUGAUAUCAUGGAAGCUUUAGCCUGCCUGGACUUUAUCACAAACAUGGAUUCCUCAAGUCUUGGCAGUCCUGACGGUUUAAAUCAACUCUGCAGCAUAACGUACCCCCCGUUUAUGGCGUGUAUAGACAGUCUUCCGCAAGCCUGUAUGUCUGGGCCAGCUCGGGUUCAGAUGGAUCAACAACGCGAAAUGAUCGGGUCUAUGUGUGGUGCUCCAGGGCCGAUGACGACCCCAACUUCUGGAUCCAACACAUCACCUGGCGGGGAAGAAGGUACAUCAUGUAAUGCAAUGGCAGUCCUGGACUGCUCGAACUAUGUAACUGAUAUCAGCUUUGAUACCAUGAGCAGUCCGGAGGGAAUACGUCAACUGUGCAGUGUGAAUUACCCACAGUUUACUGAGUGUAUAGAUGCACUGCCUAGUUCAUGUAUUACCGACGAACAAGCGCUCCAAAUGGCAGAACAGCGAGAAAAUCUAGAUUCCUUAUGUGCUACAGUGGAGGGGAACUCUGGUGGUUGUUCUGUCAGCACCUUUAUGCCAUGUCUUGAGAUCGCUAUGCAAAAUCAGUCAGAAGACAUGAAUCCGGAGGUAUUAUGCAGAUCCUUCACUGAUUUCCAAGGCUGUAUAAGUAGCCUUCCAGAAUCAUGCAGUGAUGACACCACAUACAACGAGUCAGUGUUGCCUGUGCAGCAAAUGCUGCAGAGCAUGUGUCAAUAAUUCAAAAACGAAAUGAAAGAUGUCACGCUAGGGAAACUAUCAUUGUGCUGAACAAUCAACCAAAAUGAAUCCGAAACAAACGAAAUACUGUGCCGUAACUAUAACCAAAUAUUUACUACUAAUAAAACACUGACUUAUGUGUAUUCAGCGUCACGCUGAACAGACAAACUGUUAUAAAGUUUAUUUUAACUUGCAAA